CGGGGGAGCGGCGCCAUGGGCUGGUGCCGGCGGCUGGGCCUGCUGGGCGGGCUGGCCCUGUGGGCACAGCACCGCCGGGGGGCGGCGGCGGCCGGGGGGGGACCCGCGGGGCCCGGGGCCGAGAGCGGGGAGCUGGAGCUGAGGCUGGUGCAGGUGGUGUUCCGACACGGCGCCCGCACCCCGCUGCGGCCCCUCCCGGGGGCGCCGCCGGUGGAGUGGCACCCCGGGCUGCUGGAGGUGCCCGCCCGGACCAAGCUGGACUACACGGUGACAGACCUCAACGGGGGCCCGCGGCCGCCCUCGCCCUACGAAGAGAACUACAAGAAGACGACGUUCAAGGGUGGUGCAAUUGCGGGGCAGCUGACGACAGUGGGGAUGCAGCAGAUGUUUGCCCUGGGGGAGAGGCUGAGGAGGAGUUACGUGGAAGAAGCCAACUUUCUCUCACCGACCUUUAAGCCUGCUGAAGUCCUCGUCCGUUCCACUAAUAUUUUCCGGAACCUGGAAUCCACACGGUGCCUGCUGGCUGGGCUGUACCAACAGCAGAAAGAAGGAUCUGUUGUCAUUGUCACUGAUGAAGCAAGCUCAGAAAUCCUCUACCCCAAUUACCACAACUGCCAGCGCCUGAAGUGCUUGAGCAGGCAGAAGUUGAAGAAUGCUCUGCUACAGCCGGGUAUCUCUGAUGACUUGAAAACAAUUAAGGAGAAGAUGGGUAUUGAUGGUGAUAAGUCUGUGGACUUUUUUCUUCUCCUUGAUAACCUUUAUGCUGAGCAGGUGCAUGGUUUGCCGAGCUGCCCUGUGCUGAAGAACUUUCAGCAGACAGUUGAGCGCCGAUCCGUUGACUCACUGCUUUUCUUUCUGGAAGACGGUUCAAGAGAAGUUCUUCAGAUGUGUGUUGGUGUCCUUUUCUAUACCUUACAGAAGAACAUUACAGAAGCAGCAGAUUCCUCAUCUCCAGCUGAAAAGGCCAGAAAGCUUAUUCUCUAUGCUUCUCAUGACGUUACCCUUAUACCUCUCCUGGUGGCCCUGGGCACCUUUGAUCACAAGUGGCCCCCUUACGCUGCGGAUGUGACCCUGGAACUGUAUCAGCACCGGCAGUCCAAAGAGUGGUUUGUUCGCGUGUCUUACCAUGGGGAGGAGCAAGUGGUGAAAGGAUGUAGAGCAGGUCUCUGCCCACUGGAAGAAUUUCUAGAAGUACUUUCACAGUAUUCAGUCAGUCCAGAGGAAUACAAUAACCUGUGCUCUCAAAUGGAGGAGAAUCAGCAAAGCGACUCGUAAAUAGUUCUUAAAUUAAACGUUUUUGUGUCACAA